AUGGGUGCUUCAUCAUCAAAAAUCAUAGACACUCUUUUAGAGGAUACAAAUUUUAACAGGGAUGAAAUCGAACGACUAAGGAAAAGGUUUAUGAAAUUGGAUAGUGACUCCAAUGGCUCAAUUGAUAGAGAAGAAUUUAUGAAUAUACCGGGUGUGUCUUCUAACCCACUAGCAGGCCGUAUUAUGGAAGUGUUUGAUACAGAUAAUAGUGGAGAUGUUGAUUUCCAGGAAUUCAUAACCGGUUUAUCAAUUUUUAGCGGUAGAGGUAGUAAAGAUGAUAAACUGAAAUUUGCAUUUAAAAUCUACGAUAUCGACAAUGAUGGCUAUAUAUCAAAUGGUGAAUUAUUUGUUGUUUUAAAAAUAAUGGUGGGUAAUAAUUUGGAUGACGAACAAUUACAACAAAUUGUUGAUAGAACUAUCAUGGAAAAUGACAGUGAUGGAGACGGCCAUUUAAGUUUCGAAGAAUUUAAGAAUGCCAUUGAAACCACUGAAGUAGCAAAGAGUUUAACGCUAAGAUUGAAUAUCUAA